AAAUUUCUUCGUGAUCGCUUGAGAUUUAAGACUAUAAUUUUUUAAGCUGUGAUCGAUUAAAAAAAAUGUCAAGCCAAAGUACUUCUCAGAAUGUUGCAAACAUGGCUGGUGAAAUGACUGGUCAAGCUCAGCUAAAGAGGGAUGAGAUGAUGAAUCAGGCAUCCCAAGGGCAGGCCACCAAUUCUCAGUCUUCUAAUGAUCAGAAGUCUACUUAUACUUCCCAGGCCACCAACUUCCUUCAGCAGACAGGAGAGCAAGUGAAGAACAUGGCACAAGGAGCAGCUGAUGCCGUAAAGAACACUUUGGGAAUGAACAGUACUGAUAAUACCUCUAAUGCCCCCAACCCAAGCCCCGCCACCAACCAUCCAAGCAACCCAUCUCCCAGGACUUGA